AUGCAUGUCUCUGCCCUCGAUUGUGUGCCUCUUUCUAUCAUUAUUACUAUUUUCACCCCUUCCCCUGUUGACGUCAGGGAUUUGUGUCUUUCUGCGGGUGCAAGUGGCGUGUCCAACGUGGCAACACACUUGAGUAGGUGGGCCUGUGGAGUGCUUCAACAGAAGUUAGUGGCGGCGGCGAUGCAACUAUGCCGCAGUGAGAGCGAGCCGAGCUGCCAGGAGCCAGAGGAGCGCCCCCGCGUGAGGAACCGGGAAUGUUUGCAAGACGCGGACUUAUAUCUGCAGAAGUGCCGAAGUAGGUGCAUAGAAGAGGGAGGGCUAAAAAACAAUACGGUUCGCCGCGCAGCCUGGGGUCAUGUGGUGCUUGGCCUCGGCAAGGUUAAGCUUAUGCCGCCCGUGCGAGGCAUCACACGGGGCAGUAGUCAGGGCUCCUUCAGCCCGACAAGCGCGGGCACGCCACGGCCAAGCGGCGCUGCCCAAGAGGUUGAAGCAGAGGAAUGGGAAGGAGAUGAUAGCAAAACGGUGGAUUUGUUGGAAUUGCCAGAUAACUGCGCCUCGCGUGUCAUUCAUGUCGAUGUGCAGAGGUCGCUUUGGUUGUUGUACCGUGACCCCGCAAAGCGGGAGGUGAUGCGCGGAAAGUUGGAGAUACUCUUGCAGCGUGUGCUUUCAAAUAAUACCGAACGGCACUAUUAUCAGGGCUUGCACGAGUUAAUGGGCUUUGUUAUGUUUGUCAUGGAGGGUGCCUCCACGGAUGUUGUGUAUGCCGUCUGUGAGAGGCUGCUGCAAGUACAAUGGAGAUCCUUUAGUGACAAGGAGUUGAGACAAUCAGAGUCGAUGCUCUUCGCGGUUCACGCAGUGCUGGCAAAGGAAGACGAGGAGCUUGCGAAGGAGUUAGAGGAAUGCGGCGUCGCCCCCGAGUCGCACUACGCCGUGGGAUGGCUCAUCACGUGGUAUGCGCACGUUUGCGAGGACGACAGAGUCCUCGCCCGUAUAUUUGAUUUUCUUAUUGUGCAUCCAUAUGAGCAUCUCAUUGUGUUCUUUACUGCCGCUCUGCUGCUGCACGAGCGGGAUCGCAUCAUGGGGUACAUUCAAUGGGCACGCGAAGUCGCCGCUGGUCUUGACGACAAUCUGAUGAUCAUGGCCAGCGUAUACAAGAAGCUCACGCAACUCCCGAAGGAGGUCUUAACCAUGAAGAAUUCUGCGGCCGUUGAGGAAAUCUUGGGUUACGCUGUCGCACUUCAGGAGCAGCAUUUAGUGUGUAUUCAACAGGCGAGGAAGGAAUUUCUUCAUCGUGGUGUGAAGAAGCGUGGGAUGCUGACAGACAAAAACACGCGAAACUCAGCCCUGAAGUUGUUGUGGUCUUUCUUGUUCCGUGAGUGGCGCAGGCCUUGGAAGAAUAACAACAUCUCAGUGCCUUUGAUGGGUGCCUUACUUGUCCUUGUGGGCGCCAUGGCACUGGGCGCGACAAAUUGUGACGCUGUUCAACGUUUUAUGCGGGGUUACUUUUUUCUAUACGAGUGA